AUGUACUAUGUCCACGCGCUGCACGCCAGCCACGGCCCUAUUGUACGCAUCUCUCCCCACGAAGUAGCCGUCGCAGACCCAGCUGGCUUUACCGCAAUCCACCGCAUCGGGGGCGGCUUCCUCAAGGCGCCGUGGUACGAGGAGUCUAACUCGCCUGACGGGGGCGAGCCGAGUAUUUUUGCGAUGCGUGAUCCGAGGAAACAUGCUAUCCGCAGGAGACUACUCGGCAGGGUCUUUACGAAGGCUUCGCUCAGGAAAGAGUGGGAGGGCGUCGUUAGAGAGAAGGUGAAUGCAGCGGUAGGCAAGAUACGUGCAGAGGCUGAGGGGGGUGGGUGCUCGGAUGUCUUGAAGUGGUUCACCAUGAUGGCGACUGAUGUCGUGGCACAUUUGUGCUUCGGGGAGUCUUUCAAUAUGCUCGAACUGGGCGAGACAAACGACUACAUGAAGAUGCUGGAGCUUAUAUCGGUCCAAAACAUCACGCGUUAUGAGCUGCCCUGGCUGCACUUCAUCCGCUCUCACGUGCCACUCCUCAAAUUCUCGACAGAUCUCGUCGACGCACAAGCCGUCCUUGACAGCUACGGUAAUCGCGCGCUUGAGAGCCUCCGCCAGAACAGCGAUCGCAACAGGACUCUGUUCGCGACCUUGCUGAAUGCUCUCGACGCAGACGAUACCAGCAGCAAAGAAGAAAAAGAGAAGGGCGGCAAUGCGAAGUUAACGGAAGAAAUGGUGCAGAGAGAAAGCCGGAGCAUGAUCAUUGGCGGCUCGGACACAACGUCCAUCACGCUGGCGUACCUAGUUUGGGCGGUCAUAAAGCGACCUGAGUUGAAAGUCAAAUUGGAAGAUGAGGUCGCGGGGUUGACCCUCGAUUUCGACGAUCAUGGGCUUGAAAAGCUUCCGCUGCUCAACGCCGUGAUUGACGAGACGUUGAGGCUAUACGGCGCUGUCCCGGGACAACUGUCGAGGUCGGUGCCGGCGGGCGGCGCCACGCUUGGGGGCUACUUUGUCCCCGGCGGCGUGACGGUGGAGACGCAGGCGUACACGCUUCACCGGGGUCCGGAUGUGUGGCCGGAUCCCCUACGCUUCGACGAGACACGAUUCAUGGACCAAACCAAACUCACGCCGAACCAGAAACUUCUCUUCUCGCCUUGGGGCGCGGGCUCACGGAUCUGCCUGGGCGUAGAGCUCGCGAGAAUGGAACUUAGACUAGGUGUGGCCGUGCUCUUUCGGGAGUGCAGGGGUCUGAAGAUGGCGCGCGGGAUGACGGAUGAGAUGAUGGAGAUGGAGAAUUUCUUCAUGAUCAGCCCUGUCGGGCACAAGUGCGAGGUAACUCUGCCCUGA